UAUGUUAAGAAGUUGUUUGCCUUUAUUGUGUUGUUUAUGUUUUCAAAUUCUUUUUAAAAAUUCUCAAGGAGUUAUUUACACGUACGAAGAUGUGGAGUUGAGACGAAUUUUUCCAAAUGAAUUUCCAAUGGAUACAAUACGACGAAGUGGUUCACCAUUUGCUGAGCAUUUGGGUCGGUACACUGAAUUGAAAAGUUAUUUCCAUCAUCCUAAAAGUAAAUUAAAUAGUCACUUUGAAGAAAUGAUUUGCUACAACAGAAGUAACAAAAAGAUUUGUAAGAUUGAUGUGGACCGCUAUUUACCAGAAGAGAACAGUUAUUACUCGUCUGUAACAGCAGAGAGCCAUGUUGAUAGGCGACGUGUAUACUGCUUUAUGCUGCUCUGUUUUACCGAGGAUGAACUGGACAGAGUCGUAGCUUCUUUUUAAGAUCUAAAAAAAAUUCUGGAAGAAAAACAAUGAGAACUUUUUCAU